UCUGACGUCCUCGGCAUGCAUAACAUCACCACAGUGAUCAAGUUCCAUGUACGCUGUGUUAACGGUACGGGCGACAGCGGCCGACUGCACCAGCUGUUCAUCAACAGUUUUGCCCAACACUCGGAAAAUGGCUAUAUGGCGGACAACCCACUGAACUGGCACCUGGACCACAGUUUCUACUUUACGGUUGGGCAAUCUGGGCUGGUGCGGUUCGUCCACUACCACCCGGAGGAGCUGUACGAGCUACUCUCACUCAAGAAGGUGCUCGCUUCCACCCUCACCACACACGUGCAGGUGGGCGAUGGUCCGUCCUGGCAGUACGAGUCGGAGGAGGAGGACCACGCAGGUCACCUAGGGCACCGGUACGAGGGCACGCGGCUGACAGACGGGGUGAAAUUGGUUAGGAGUCACCAGAGCCUCACUGACGUCCACCGACUGCAUCAUAAGACAGUUCACCUGGAUCCACGACUGACCCCUAAACACGUGGAGCUCCUUGACAACAUAACACUCCAGCACGCGCCCAACAGAGUGACCUCACGGACACUUGACGGAGCAGCCGAGGUUGAAGAAGAUAUGUCUGGAGAGUUUCCGAAGAUUUCGUCAAUUUCCAGAAGCAGGGUAAAACUGAUGGUCAAAAGCAAGCACUACGCGCCACCCACGCUGCACGCGGUUCACGAGAUGCACCAGGAUUCCAUCAGCGUCAAGCAAAGGCCCCAAGUGAAGAUCCCGCUAAAAGAGGCUGAGAAGGACAUUCAGGGUUAUCUGAAAUGUAUCCACGCCAUCGAGAACAAGUACGACCGGAACCGUACCGAGUGCGUGCAUCAACUACGGACACUUGUUCAUUCCCUGGAGCGUGACGACUUCCUGGGACUGGGACAGGACGCGUUGUCCAAGGAAUGCCCGGAGAAUGACACAUUGUGUGCCGACGAGAGGAACCUCUUCAUAGACCUGAUAGCACGAGAGGGGAGUGCGGACGCCCAGUUGCUGGUGCUGGAGCUGGUCAUGAUGAAGCCUAACGCCACCGAGGACGACUUGAAGAGGUGUCUAUUCCACUCCAUCGCCAUAAAGUCACCUGUGCAGGAGCUUGUCCUAUACGUAGAAGCACUUUGCUUUGAAGACGAAACAAUUAUGCCUGGAGACACGCCGACGCUUACGAAGACUCGGAAACGAGCGUGUCUGUCUCUUGGAGCGAUGGCUAAGUCUCUGUACGACAGAAAUCUCACCGAGUCUGAUCGCAUCGUGGAGAGAAUCGAACACUGGUUGGACCACCACAAUCAGAACAGAUCAAUGGAAAUCGUGAAGCCAAGGCGGAAGCGGUCAAUCAUUCAACACGAUAUACCUGCGAGAAAGCACAUAGAGACUAAGACUAUUCUAAUCCAGUCUCUUGGAAACGCCGGAAAAACGCGUUCAUUACGUCACAUCCGGUCCUAUAUGGAACCGAACGGCGGUGUAACGGCGUGGAGAAGGGCUGCCAUUCAUAGUUUAAGGCACUUCACAUGCAAAGAAAGCGCCGAAGCCUUGGUGAAAAGCGUUAUCCACGACAGCGACGAGGUUGUUCGGCAAACUGCGCACAUUGUGCUGACUAAACAUCCGAAAGCCACCGACAAGAACUUCAUUCUGCAACAGGAACCGGAAAUAAUCAGUAAAACCUACACGUACCCGAUCGUGAGUCGAGCCCGGAGAAGCCUGCUUCAGACGUUGGAGCAGGGAAUCCAUGUGACCAUUAAGCUUCCCGGUAUUGAUUGGUCAAAAACGCUUGGAAACAGCAACAUCGGAGCCAGCUUCGGGCUAACCAUUAGAAACAAUCUCGACCUUCAACUUUCAUUGUUGAGCGGUCACUUCAUGGUUGACGUGUAUGAUAAAGCCUGGGCCGAGGCCCACGUGGGGAUGAUCGGCUUCGAGGUGGAUAUUGUGAAGGCAUUCGUCUGUUUUAAAGGUCAUAUUAGCUAUGAUCUAAACGUUCUCAAGGAUUUCGGUAUCAAUAGUCUGUCAGACUUAGUGCACAUUUUUGACAAAAUCGUCGCCAAGAUUGUGGAUCCUAUCAAAGAUGCUUUAAACACAUUCAGGGAAACCAUUACCAACUUCAAAGAUGGGAACAGUUUAACCGAAACUGUAAAUACCUUAGUCCAAAUUGUGAAGCACCUACCAACGAAACUUGGCGAUGUUGCUACCAGAAUGAAAGAAUUUGUGAAGGAUUUAUUCAGUAUAAGCGGCAACGCUGUCAUUGACGAAAUUAAGGCCAUCGUGAAAGAGGUCAGAGAUUUCAUUGAUGGAAUUUCCCAAGAUGCUCUGAAGUUUUACAACGAUAUCGUAGAUUCUGUAACAAUGGCCCUCCCGUACAUCAUUAAAAAGAUAACGGACGCAUUCAACUCAAUCGUCGAGGCCGUUGUAAAGCUCUUUACCAAUCCCAUGCAAUCCAUCACUAGCAUGUCAACGGCUGUAAUUGAUAUCAAAAUGGCGAUCACAAUGGUGGUUGAUGUAAAGAAUAAAAUUGUUCAUGCCUGUAUGUUUAUCAAAGGAAGGGUCACUGAGUGGAUAUCUAUGGCAAAGAGAGUUCCAUCGAUUCUGAAUCGCCUGAAGGAAACUUUCAAGAAACUGACAAAUUCCAUCAAAAACGGUGUGAAGGCAAUUGGGAAAGAAACAAAAUCACUUGUUAGUGACGGCGUCAGUCAAGUGAAAGGAUCAUUACACGACCUUCAAAACGACCUAAAAGCUAAAUGGGACUAUGUAUUCAAGCCUCUUCAAACACUGAUUGACUUUGUGAUACCUUUUGUUGACAUAUUCAAAUCCAUCAUGGACGCAAUACAUAGCAUCAAAUCAGGAUAUACGACGUUAAAAGAGAACUUCGAGAUCAGCAAGUCUUAUGUGCAGAAGGUGUUCGGACCGAAAUUUCAUCGCGAUUUCCCCACAACCCGUCGUGAGAAAUUUGACGACUGUCCCAAUGGUGUCUGGCCAACCACAGCUAAUGGCGCCUAUGACACUACCGGGGUUAACCUCAAACUUGGCGUAGGCCAAUCGAUAAAGAUGCCAGUAAACGGAAUCUUGAAAAUAUUCAAGGAAGAAAGGAAAGUUGUAAUUCAACCGAAAGACCCUGAGUUCGUUGCUUUAGAAAUCGUGAUCGAGAAUAUUGACGCUAACCAAUCAAUGCAGGGUAAAAGUGUUGAUGCGGGUGAAAAGAUCGGCAAAGCUACAACUGCUCGCUCUUGCAAACCGCAAAAAUUAGAUAUUGUCGUGAAGGAAGCUGCAGAUAAAUCGCAGGACGGAAACCCGGCGAAUACAGAUAAACUGCCUGAGAUUACCAUAGGCCAAGCUAAGCCUCUGAAACAAAGCGACUGGCUGUCAACCAAAGAGUCUGAAGGGAAAAACUACAUUCACGUGUCAGUCCGUCAAUCCCAAGGACAUGCCAUACUUCCGGAUGCUGAUUACGAUUACACUGACCCUUCACUGUUUCUGGACAGACUUGUCCCUAUUCCGAAAUGGAUCCAAGAGUGCAAUGACCACGAGUUUAGAUAUAUUGGGCAGACCUUUGAAUCCGGUGAGUCAGCGGAGGGCGAGGAUCCCGAUGUAAAGGAAGAGCCAAUCAGCAGAGGUCAAAAACCAGAAAAGGGCGCGCUUGAGGAAACGAAAUAUAGACCUGAAGACCCGGAUCUUUAUGACCCCUUGUCCUGCAGUGAAAGUUUCAAGGAAAGCUUGAAGAAACAGGCAAAACAGUUCGCAGAAUUCUUUAAGACGGCUCUAUUUGGAAAGAACGGCCCAAAAGUACCAAACAUUCUUGAAAUUGUUGAUGUAAAUGGAAAGACGGUUGAAUGGAUCAUAAACAAAUUGAGUAACACCUCAGAUAUUGGAAAGAAAUUCCACAGUAUUGUGCACAGUUUGGCAUGUGCAAAAAGGUCGGAACCGUUUGAGGCAGCUUCUACGAUGACAACGAACACAAUGCUCACGUACCUUAAGAAUAAUGAUGCAAAUUUUGAGUUCAGAGGGCUAGACAUUGGUCUAUCAGAAACACAAGCAACAGGAACACAUGGUGAUACUUUGAAAUUCGGAGAUCCAGGCCAAUUGGCACUUACUAUGGCAUCUUUACCGGAGAAAAUUUGUCCCGGAUUUAUGGAUAAAAUUGCCAAAGGAUUCGGCAACAUAUGUUUUGUUCAUGACGACUGUUUAGGUCUAAGUUGUAAUGUACCAUUGUCCUCACAUGCAAAAACAACACUAAUACAUGCUUCAGUUGCGCUGAAGCCUUUAGACAUGACAAUCGUGGUAGAAAUAUUGAAUCACACUCAUACACUUCGACCAGAUGGUACGGACGUUAACAUAGAUCUUCUAAGUAAUCUGUUCGGAAUGAAUCUAUUCUUUGUGGGUAAUGUGCGGUUAGGUGAGGGUACAGUUCAACUUACAGCAGAACUCAAGCUGUGUGUGGACCUUUUUGCAGCGUGCCUUCCGCCGAUUGAACUGUUUCAUGACAUACCUUUUACCCCCAAUAGCAUCAGACGUAAACGAGCAACUGCAGUGUUUCCGCCGGAUGUUCAGAUUUGGCAACUUCCGGUUCCAAUAUUUAUGAUGCAGCUUAGCGAGUUCGGCCUUAUGAAUCGGGAAGUGACUCAGACUCUAGAACAAGUCAGGCAUACAGUCCUUAAGGAGCUAAUGAAAGAAGUACGGGCCAAACUUGCCGAUGCAGCAACAGAGUUUGCAAACAAUAUAGACUUUUGUGUAAGCGCAAACAUUCCGGUUCCACCGAAAGAUAUACCGUUCUUCGAAUAUAAAAAUCUUUUCCUCGUCGGUCCAGUCCCACUGACUCUUGGGUUCGGAGCCGGAGGUACAGUUGGUCUCGGGGUCAAGGUCGGAUUGUGUGUGGUCAGCAUGACAACACAGCUGACCCUUACACCAUGGGUGGGAGGGAAAGUGUGGGGCAAUGUAAGUGUUGACAUUGGGUUUGCCGAAGGCGGUAUUCAACUUGAAGGUUAUCUCAUGGAGACAAAGUUUCCUUUUCUAACAGAGCUUGUGUUCUCCAAGUAUCCCCUGGACGUAGGGGCGAAAAUGGAUUUAAUUCUUACCCCAUUGCGACUUAAACUAAAGGCAUAUGCAAAACUCAACCUGCUAUUUACAACAGUUACUGUGUUUGAGGGAACAAUUUGGGAAUACGCAGUUCCUUCAAUUAACAAGAAUAUUUUCCACAAAAAGAAACUAGACAAUGACCCGUCCCCUCCUGAUAUUCAGCCUUUAACUGUUAAUGCACGCAGAAGACGUUCCGGCUCAGAAGGCUGUCUUGUACAGCAGAUUUACAACCGCCCUUAUUACGACCCGGCGUUUAAGUUAGAAAUGUACGCACAGGAUGAAGUCAGUGAAACGAAGCUGUUUUACGCAAUUGGUACACACAAAGGAGGCACAGAUGUGCAAGACUGGACUGAUAUGGGAGGUAACUCUUUAAUGGUUCCAGCAAAGAUUCCGGGAGGUAUUCCAAUAUACUGGUCAAUGAAAGCUAAGAAUAGCCAAGGCCUUGAGGCUAUUGUACAAUGUUCCUUAAACACCUAUGACAGCACACUAACAGACGGCAGAGUAGAACAUGCAUACAUGUUUUCAUCCCAUCCUUCAAAGAUGAUCGCUUCAGUUGUAGCUUUUGAUGACAGUCCGCUCAAUAAAGUACAUUAUAAGGCAGUUGGAUUUAGCCCAGGAAAGUUUGGUUCCCAGUUUGUGGGAUGGGAAGAAGUACAUUUGGAUCAUUCAUCACCGAGACAAGGCAUGUCAGGUCAGCUGAAACAUUUUACUCAUUCGAGAGAAGGAAAGCUUGUCGCUUACAUUUUACAAACCACGAAGGUCCGGACACCAGAAUUUUGUGCCCUAGCUUGCAUAUCGUACGGAUACAACUGUGUUUCAUUUGAUUACGAAUACCAUUCUGGCUUGCACGACAUCGUCGAAGGGGCUAAUGCAUAUUUAAGAAUCAGUGGAACAUACAGCAACUACGAGCGUCUUGGUAUUGGGUACCACGUUACACUAGAGUAUGAUAACCUGCCAUUAUCACACGGUGCGCAGUAUUUUGUUAAUGUUCAGGUCAACAACGUUUUGGGCUACCAAGCUUUCCUUAUUGGCGAGGGAACCCUCGUAGAUUUUACCCCACCAGAACCAGGCCUGAUUAUGAAUAACUUGACGGACAACUUCAAAGCUGACAGGUGCAAUGCAUCUGUUACACAGCGCUGCAACGAAGUCACAUGGAAGGCCAAUCACAGAACUAUCGUUGACGGUCCUGGAUCGGGAACAGUGUUUAACGGACAUGAACCACUAAUAGACGAGCUCUAUACCCUUACCAACCACUACGUCGCAGCUAACUGGAAGGGAUUUCGCGAUGAUGAAAGCGGUAUUUGGGGGCAUACAUGGGCAGUUGGGAAAAACAUCUGCAGUUCUGAUGUGAUCAAUUUUGAGAACCCAUAUGCCCAUCUGACGGACAAGAAAUUUUGGACAGAUUCAGCAUUUCACAAGGGCAUACACCUUCCCGACGGCCGAUACUUUGUCACUGUUCAAGCAUUGAACGGCGCAGACUUGGGUGGGUCAUUAGUUACAACAGUUUGCCAUUCGACUCCUUUCAUCGUCGACACUACGCCGCCAGUUUUCCAUAAAGUGACAGACAUAAUAUAUGAUGAAGACUUUGAUUUGAUUGCAAUAUAUUACAAUGCCACUGAUGAACUUAGUAAAAUUGCACACGCUGAAUUCGGCCUUGGGAAAACGAAGUAUGACGUUCAACUGAAGCCUUACGGGCUGCAUGCACCUAUGGAACGAGAGGACCCUUUCGUAGCUGUCGAGGAUUUAGGGCUACAGGAGGGUGUUCCAGCAUGGAUCAGGAUCAGGGUUACAAACAAUGUCGAACUAUUCACUGCGGGCCACGGCGAAGAACCGAUUUUAAUUGAUAAGUCACCGCCAAUACCUGGAAAUGUUAUGGAUGGAGAUAGUUUGCGAAAAGACAGACAGUUUCAAGCUGACGACCACAUCAUUUGUGCACAGUGGAUUGAUUUUUACGAUCCAGAGUCGGGCAUUGAUAAGUUUUUGUGGGGUGUGGGCACAUCACAGCAAAUGGAUGAUAUUGUGGCGUUCCACAAUCUCACACGUUACGACAAAUCCAGCUGUUCGCCUGCCAACCUUCAACACAAGCACAUCUACUACUCCACGGUGUUAGCUUACAACAAUGCUCUCAAUUCAAAAACAUCGAACAGCUCUUCUGAUGGAGUGCUCGUUGACAUAACACCGCCGCUUGCAGGGAGUGUUGCAGAUGGGAAAAGAGGAGACCCGGCACAAAAGUACAGUUCAGAAACGGUGUCAAAAUUUGCAAACUGGCAUGGCUUUCAUGAUCCAGAGAGCGGGAUACAAAACUACAGAGUUGACGUGUUCAUAAACAAUGAACACAAACAGUCGUUUGAGACAGGAGCUGAAAACCAGUUUGAAGACCAUACUAUUUCAAUGGAACACAGAGAUAAUGUUAUCUUUAAAGUUCACGGAGUAAACGGUGCUGACCUGGAGGUAGAUGCAGACAGUAAUGGUUUCCAGGUUGACCUAACUCCUCCCAUAAUGACGGAAAUCUUGGAUAACGACAAUGGCCAAAGUUACCAAAGUGACAACUCGUAUCUUAGUUUGACAUGGAACUUCGAAGACGAGGAAUCCGGUAUUUCACUCUACAGGGUCACUAUAUAUGAAAUUAUAUUUGGUAAUAAACGAAAAUACUGGCCGAAACUGGAACAGUUCAAUGAAACAAAACCAAUAUCUGCCUAUAAUGGAUUAAUACAUGUAGUGCUAGAUAAUCUUUCGUUAACAGAUGGGUCCAAAUAUUCAUUGCAUGUCUCUGCUCUAAAUGGUGCGACAUUGUCCACAUCACAUGAAACACAAGGUUGUACAAUUGAUACAACUUCACCCGAACGUCCAAACGUACACAUAGGUUUGCCAAAAGAUGAUGAAGAACUUGAUGACGAUGGUAACGUUGUUCACAAUGACCAGAACGGGAUCCGUGUAAGCUGGAGCGGCCGUGAUCCACAAAGUGAUAUUGAGACGUUCUUUGUUGCCGUAGGGACAGAAGCAUCCCCAGAAUCAAUCCUACCAUAUACUGAUUUCGGAAAGAAAACCACUGCAUAUAUAAACAACAUAUUCUUUAAUCCAUCGGAAGGGAAUGGUACAUCAACUACCUACAAAGUUUAUGUUAACGCUACAAAUGGGGCUGGCUUGACAUCUGAAGCAGGUGAGUCGAAACCCAUAUUCGUGCACAAAGCAAAUGUUCCUGGUAUUGUCUUUGAUGGAAGAAACCUUUACGAAGAUGAGGCGUUCACAAUCGACCAUACGUCCAUUGCCGCGUCUUUCUAUGGCUUUGAAAGCGAUUCAUGCGAUAUUAUAGGUUAUGAUUGGGCGAUAGGGACGACAGAGUUUGGAACGGACGUGCUGUCAUACACUGAUUUUGGCAUGGUUAUGAAUAAUAAAAGCCACGGACAGUGCCAGAUCCAUACUGAAUUGUUCGAAGACGUCACGUAUUACAUCUCUGUUCGCGCAGUUCUAGGAUGUCACGAAGAAUACAUUGUCUCAUGUUCGGACGGUAUUACAUUAGAUCGCAUUGCUCCAGCUGUAACAUAUGAAACUCACACUGAAGCAGCGAUUACAACCAUCAAUAACGUGAUUUAUCAAUCGACGACGGACUCCCUUGGCAUCACCGGUAACACAGCAGAUAGAAACGGUGUAUCGUUAGUCGAAUGGAGUCUUGGAACACUUCCUGCCCUUGAUGACAAACAUCAAAUUACUAGAGAUUUGUCAGCACUGACAAGUGUUGCAGCUCUCGUUCCCGGCGAGGCAGUGUUCUUAACGGCACAUGCUGUUGAUAAAGCAGGGAAUCAGAAAGUAACAUCGUCACUGCCAUUAAUUGCCGAUAUAACAUCUCCAAUGAUGAAGGAAUUUGACUGCACCAAUUACAUCUCAACACGGAGAAGCGUGGUUACCUGCACCUGGCUUACAGUGAUUGAGGAAGAAAGUUUAAUAAGUGAUAUAACGAUAUCAGUGGGUUCAAACAGCACAAACUUUGACAUACUGGACAAGUACGUAAUUCACAGAAGCGUUUACAGCUUUACACGAGAUCUGUUUGAUCACAUUAAACACAUGCCAAAUAUGACAUGUGUUUAUAUUUUGGCCACCGUUAGCAAUGUUGUUGGACUGUCGACAUCUUACGGCUGGGAGGUUAUUGUUGAUUUAACACCACCUACAGUGGACAGCCUCGACGUGGUUACAAGCACGAUUCCAGGUGUCAUAAAUGAUGCUCAUCAGCAAUGUCAGCUACCAAGGGGAUAUGUUGAAGUUAAGGUUAAAAACUUAGAGGACAAAGAAACAAAUAUCGACGAAAACAGAUAUGAACUUGCUAUUGGAAGUUCAGUGUAUGGAUCAGAUUAUUUGGCAUAUACGGCAAUUGAAAAAUUUGCAGAUGGAAUUUUCUUCAUUGACGGAUUCUUUUUGCCAUCUGAUGUAACUGUCUACGCAACAAUGAGAAUAUACAACAAAGCAGGUCUGAAAACGGAGGUUUCGUCCCAGGGUGUCGUUGUAAGUCAGACGCCUUAUCUGACUGUCAAGGAUGGUGAUCAAGACGAGGACAUUGACUACCAAUCAGUACCGAAUUUGAUACAAGGCACAUGGAAACAUACAGACGCCUGUCCAAUUACCGAAGCAAAGUGGUCCGUAGAAAACCUAGCCGGAAAGGUCUUGUUCGACUUUAUUCAAAUACCGAAUGCUGGUCAUGCUUUCUUUAACGAUGAGGUUAAAUUAGAAAACGGCAUGAAAUAUAUCGUAACCGUCCAGACAAUAGAUGCACUCGGCAGGAAAAAGGUGGCACGGUCUGAUGGGGUUUCUAUUCGAAUACAACCUCCACUUCCGGGAUCCGUCCGAGAUGGAUUGGAUUUAGAUCUAAAUUAUCAGUUUAGUACAACUGAACUUUCGGCAAAUUGGGACAAUUUUGGUGAUGGGUCUCACGAUCCGACUCAAACAAUAACUAGAUACAAGGUUGCCAUUGGAAACGAUAGGCGAUAUUCAAAGACACGUUCGAAUAUUCAUUACUUUGUAUAUGUUGGUUUGAAUACUUCUUAUACGUUCACAAACCUUAACCUGACGUCGAAACUUGUUCGCUAUUACAUCACGGUUCGUGGAUUCAGUCAAGCUGGCGGAUUUAUAGAAGGGUACAGUAAUGGAAUACGUGUUGGGUUUGACGAUGAUAUAAGACCAGGAAGUAUUUUAAUUAACAAAUACCAAGCUUCUACAAAGAAAAUUGCAGUUUCUUAUAAAGGAUUUCAGUCUGAUAUUGCAAUAAUUGAUUUCAAAGUUGCAAUAAGCAGUCACAAUGAGAUAAUUGCAAACGAUACAGUAAAAUGCGUUGAUAUAAAUAAGAACUCAUCCAUGUACGAUGUCAGGCAUUUAAAAGGCUAUGGCUUGAACGAAUAUGUGGAAAUUGAUGGCCUACAAUUAGUACAUGGUGGAUUGUACUAUGUCACAGUCGUAGCUGAGGACGAAGCAGGAAUGUGCAUUGCAGUCACGGGAGGUCCUAUUCUAAUUGAUACCACUCCGCCGCAAAAAGGAAAGUUGCUUAUUAAUGGUAUCUUUCCUACAACGGUUGUCUACCUAAAACUCCACUCAGAAAUGCAUGUCGAAUGGGACGGAUUUGCGGAUGGAGAUUCAGGAAUUCGAUCUACGCAUGUGAAAUUAUUUGAAUGUACAACAUGCCUUAAUUCAACACUAACAAGUGAUUUAUGUAACCUCAUAGAUGAACGUCUUGUUGCGAAUGACACAAAAACAGUAUUUUAUGAGCUUGACUUACAUUCUGAAAAGGCAUAUUACAUUGGUUUAGAAGUCACAAACGGGGCUAAUUUGAAAACAACCUCUCAGAGUUCAGUCAUCCUGAUUGAUGAAUCCCCACCAUUAUCAGGUGAAAUUAAGAUAACGAAGGACUGGAAAAGCGUAACAACAUUCCAACAUUCAACUUCAUCGUUAUCAGGUUUUGUCCCUAUUGCUAUCACUGAGGAAGAUUAUCUGUGUCCAAAUCAGUUAAGGUACUUUCCCGUUCAUGGGACGGAAAGAAUGACCAAUAUACUGGAUGAAUUUAGCGAUGACUUUUUAGUAAUCAAUGCCACCGGGGCAUACAUGGGGAUUGGUUACAACUCAGAUCUCUCAAAAAUGACGAGGACUGGUAUUUUAUCAGAAAAGAUGCCUUUACAAAAUGGAAACUAUACAAUAAGCAUAGGUGCUGCUACCGGAAAUAACAUUAUAACGACAGUUGCUAUAAUGACCGAUCCAGUUGCAAUUUCAUAUACGGUAUCAGACAAACCGGCCGAAAUAUUUUUUUACUUGGAUGCUUUCGAGAACAUAACUGGACUUGAAGCAGAUCAAUCCACUGACUUUGGAAAUUUGAAUUCAUCUGCAACAAUAACGAAUCCAAUACCAGGAACGUUUAAACCAAAUAAUGAAACAGGACAAGGUACGGCUGAUUUUGAGGCAGAGGAAUACGGCUUUGGGAUUCACAUUCUUGGAUACAAAUUGGGCAAUAAUGAAUAUUUUCACCAUGUCUUUUGGGCUAAAAGCAAAUAUAAAACAGCCAGUAGAUGGUUUCAAACGACCACAUAUCCAGAUCAAAUAAACGAGUAUAUAGUAAACGUCAGGAAAAAAUCUGAAUUUCUAACCGAAACUGUAGAUCUGCUAUUGAUGGUUAACGGUGAAGAAAAGGUAAGCCUGUCGGGAUUCAAUUUUUAUGGAGAUAUAAACCUGGCAGCGCUCACUUGGAUUGAAGACAACUGCAUGCCGCCACUAGAUAUCUACAAGCCAUUUUAUUCCGACGCAGUUUUACAAGCAAUAUAUAUACCAGAUAAUCGUGACAAGCUGUGUCACCAUGGAAGAGCAUUCUAUGACGGACAAAGCGGGAUAAAAGAAUUGUGGAUUGGUGUUUCUGAUAAUAUCAAAAAGAUGGGCAAUAUUCUUCCUCUGUCUUUGUUCAGGACAUUUUGCUUUCCUUGCAUUAAACCAUGUGAUCAUCUCUGCCGUGAAUUAUGUACAGAUGAAAAACUUUCGAAUGGUUUUAAUCUUGUUCCAAUUGAACUGAACGGGUUGGACAUGGACAAAGUCGAUAUAAAUUCUACGUGUGAAAAUAUUACGAGUAAGGUAUCCUGCAACAGUACAUCUUAUUAUAUCAACGCAAAGCUUGUCAACUUUGCAGGAAGAGACACUGCUGCGGUUUCAAAUGCUAUACAAAUUGACACAACGCCACCAAAAUGCUACUAUGUUAAAUGUACUGAUCCGGAAUACAAUGUAGACCAACCGACAGAAUAUUUAGGCUCAAGCUCAACAAUUGGGGCUUAUUGGAACUGUACAGAAAUGGAAAGUCUAAUUGUCAGGCAUAAGCUUGAGGUUGUAGACAUAAUUAAUGGCAACAUUGUAAUGAAUUCCACAGAUGUCGGGCUUAAAACCAGAGUACGCUUAAAUCUUCCAAAUGGUACGUUUGAAGAUGGCAGCGACUAUGCAGUCAGAUUGACCAUAUUUAACAGUGCUGGACUAACGUCGAUGUCGUCAUGCAAAGUCCAUGUUAACCUUUAUCCGCCAGACGUAUCUGCAGUUGAUUCGGAACCUUUAUAUACGGACGGAACCACAUUGGUUGAUAUGUUUUAUUGGACUGAUUCCCAAACCCAGAUCGGUAUUCACUGGUCUGGAGGGACAUCCGAUACAGAGUUCUAUGAAUGGCAGGUGGGGACAAAUCCAGAUGGAUCAGAUUUGUUCCCCUCGUCAAAGGUAAGCAUGGACUCUACUGGCUCCGCAGCCAUUGUACACGGCAAAGUCCAUUACAACAACAAGUACAUCAACAAAACUGUGUCUGAAUAUCGCAACAUGACCAAUAAGACGUUGGAACAAAUUCAAAACCUUACUUCGACCAGUAAACAGGAGAAGUCGUUCUUUAACAUGGAGCCAGGAAGAUGCUACUAUCAGUCUCUAUACGCGCGGGGAUAUUCACACCUUACUAGUAAAAUCAAGGAGAAGAAUAUUUGCGUGAAAAGACCUGGUGAUGCAUAUUUGGAUGGAACUAAUGGCAAAUCGGUUAUGAGGGCAUACAAGAUGAAACCGUCUACAUCUUGGGUCACAUCAGAACCUACAGCAAUCCCAGAUAUAAUUGUUGACGCACGAGUAUUUGGAGGCGGCUUGACAGUAGGGACAAUCACGCAGUCGGACCAGGAGGACGUCUACGGCAGCGCGGCCACGAUGGAAUACAAACCAUACAUUUCCAACAUACAUACCACACUGGGACAAACAUCGAGACUCUUGCGGAACAGAAUACAAUGUCUUUGCAACGUGACGUUCUUCGUGACACCGUCGCCGGUUGCCGAGGUAACAGAUGUCGCUAUCAACUUGACAGUGCCAGUUGGAUGUGAGAAGGACUCGAUGUACCAGCCUGCCCUUAUAUAUUGGGACAAAGAUGCAGACCAAUGGGUCCAUAUCGACGAAGGCUGCAAUGAGCACUUGUCGGCAAUCGUCCAUUCGUCAAGAUAUAAUUCAACGAUAUGUGGUUCCACGGAUUCUUCCGCUAGAAAACGUCGUGAGGCAUCAUUUGAAAUCAAUGCUCCAAGACAAUACAGUCUUGUUAGAAUAGCCAAAACGUACCAAAACUCACCACCGAAAAUUGUCACGGACAGCGUUUACUUUAUUGAAGACGAAACGGGAGAAUUUGACAUUGAAACAUCUGAUGCAGAAAAUGAUGUUCUCAGCUAUAGAAUUGUGGACAAGCCAAGCAAUCUUGACUGUAAUAUAACUUCAACCGGAAAUCUAAAAUGCAUUCCUGAACCAGACUUUUAUGGCGAGGAUACAGUUACGGUUGAAGUCACUGAAACGGGGCUUCCAUCUUUUGAAGAGCCUAACUCAGAGAAAAGGACAUUAAGAAUUGUCAUACAAGGUGUUCCAGACAAAACUGAACGUUUCUUUUUAGACUUGAAUGAAACUUGGCAUGAAGAAAAACGACCAUCCAUGAAACAUACAAUAAUAACAAAUGCAAACCGGUCUUCUUCACUUUUUGUUGGAAAGAUCAUUCUCGCCGACGUAGAUGGCGGGGAAAAGUUUACAAAUAUUCCACGAUUUACUUCUCUUGGAAAUUCCACAUUUUCACUGAAUGCCAGUGAUCUAGAAUCAAUUCCAUUUGAAAACUACACUAACCAACAUUUUCAGUCAAAGGCAGCCUACGACGUUGAUUUUGAAUUCAGCCCCAUCCUUCAAGGAAAAAUGGUCCUAGAAUUUAUAGCCCAGACAGAGGACUCCAGUUAUACCCCCGGGGUAACGAUCAGUGUGUUUGUCUUGGAGAAUCCUUGUAUCCAUGGUACCUGUAACCACUCAACACUGGGAGAGGAGGCGUGUAAUGACACAGCCCGCUCUGAUUCGUUUGUUGGGUAUGAGUGCGUGUGUUAUCCAGGGUACAAAGGUGAGUGGUGCCAAACGGAAAUCGACGAGUGUGCACAUGAGCCCUGCUCCACCCUGUACGAUUGCGAGGACCUGGUCAAUGAUUACGAAUGUAACAUCAACAUACCUAAGCUGAUGGCGGUCAUCAUUUGUCCUCUCCUUUUCAUGAUACUGGUCGUUUAUUUGCUGAGGAGACUUAUGAUGAAAAUCAGAUACAUGAAGUUGUCCAGGAGCAGAGUUGGACUGAUGGAUGAAGGUUCCCAGAAAAUCUAUGAAGCUAGGGAGAGACCGCGAACAGCUGCUUCUAUUUCCCUGCAAUACACUGAGGCCACAGACGUGGUGGCAAACACCAAGUGGCAGAAUAACAGAGCAUUUGAACAAAUGAACGAAAGCACAGCCAAUUCGUGCUUUGGUCCAGGCAUAGCAUUGCCUAUGCACCAUCAUCAAAGGUUCACUGAGGAAGACUGUUCCUCGAAUCAUGAUAUAUUGGCGAAAUUUCUUGCACAGCCUCAGUCAAAGCCGACCAAAUAUUUCGCUGAAGAAUUGAACGAAUCAUCUGGAGAGCGGCUAAAGUUCUUCCAGGCUAUGAAGGAAGACGCACCAAGACAAACGUUUGCGGUUGAAAAACUCUUCGAUGAAGAGCUAUCCUCGAGUCCGGCGAUCGAAGAAAUGUCGUCCGUGGCUGCAAAAUCAGUUAAAGGCAAUGCACCACUGAAGCCGAGGGACAAAUCAUUGAUACCUAAAGCUGAGGUAAAGCCGCUGACUCACGACGCUUUCGAUGAAAUGGUGAAGAAGAUUAAGGAGGAUUCUUCCUUGACAGAUGUUAAUAUUUAAAAUUAAAUAACUCCAUCCAUACGUUUUAUGAAUUUUAACUUUUGUCUGCUGGGUGUGUGACUUUGUUAUUCAAGAAUGAAAUGAAUACAUGUAGGAAAUGAGACAGUUCGAAAAUAUAAACUUUUUUUUCAUCAAGGAGAAAUGUCAAGGUUAAAUUGGCUUGUUUCUAGUUAUUUUCCGCGAGAAAGACAAUUCGUUUAAUAUGUAAGCUAUGUCUAAGAUAUGCCUGAGUUAUUUAAUUAACCUUUCAAUUUUUAGCGUUUGUAUUUUUUAACAAUACUGAUGCCCUAGCGGAGGUGGACACAUGUAAGGUCAUUGCGCAACAUAAAUCAGCAUUCUUUAUAAUUCUGGUUGAUCAUUUGAA